CCACCGAUCAGCUGUCCACGGAAGCCGCUUCGCAGGGCUUUCCUUCGCGCGUGCUCAGCUCUCGUCGGGAAGGCUUCUGCCUUAGAGGAUUUAAUGUCCUCAGAACGCGCUCAAAAUCCGGGCCCAUCGAGCGCGGUUCCUGUCAGAGGAACGAUCCCAAAACGGCCAGUGUAUGAAUUGGUCAUCGAAGUAGCUUCGAAUCGGUGUUGCAUCGCGUCGUGUCCCGGACAAAUUCUCUACGAGUUCCCGAAGGAGUCGGAUCGCUUGCGGAAAUGGUUGAUAUUCUGUGGAUUCCCCAACUUGCCAGAGUUCGCCGUGAGACACUACCGGCUCUGUUCAGUGCAUUUUGAGAGAACGCAGUUCGCGAAUGCCAAAGGUCUUCCCGGCAAGCUGUUGGACACCGCAGUACCGUCGCGAAGUGGUGCUUCCUUGCCUUAUGGCUUCAAUCCAGACUGUCCCGAAGAGCCUGGCAAACCUCUGCACGACAUUUUAGUGCAAGCACUGGCAGGUCGUAAAGGCGACGCUCCUGAGUAUUACAACACAAGUCAAUUCCUAGUCGACGACCACGGCGACGGUUGACAAUAUGGCUAGUCGCCAGGAUUUCUGUCGAUUGAUUCUGCCCGUUGAGAAGAUGCACAAACUGAACCGUCAGGGAAGAACGCGUCUCAAGGAUCUAGACGAGCCAAUACCACCCGCGCCCCAUUUCACCUUGAUAUCUGCCUAUGACAUGCUCCAGAAAGAACAGAUUGAACGCUUAUAUAAGGGACGAUUGUAUUUCGACAUCGAUUGUCCGGCCGAAGGAAGGGUGCUCAACUUCAAUUGCAAACUAUACUGUGAUAACUGGCAGGAGUGCAUCGCAUGGUUGAUCUGCACGAGCCGGGACCUGCAGCGCAAGAAUGAAUACGAUAUCGUUCAUUUCAAAAAUUGGAAGUUUCAUCUUUAUGCCCUGAAUGUUGUGUUCGCCAAGAGGAAGAAAAUCGACCUCAGAAUAAGGGAUCUCGCAGCGAAACUUGCGAGAGACGGCGAUGUAAUCGUGAUUCUUAGCUGAUCUUGGCUAUAUCCAAAAGGCGGAGGCCUACGAAGAAUCACGUGUUUA